UGAGUAAAUUUUUGCAUGCUGAGAAGUGAAGUGAAUCGCAGAAAGCCUAAUGAAAAGAACGGUUCCACUGGGUUCUUCAACCAACUCUCACGUCGCACGGUGAACCGCAGUGCAGACAAGAUGCUGUCGAGGUUGGCUCUUCGUAAUGCUCAAGCUUUGCCCGCCAUUGCUCAUGGCGCGCAGGCUCUAUCUUCAUCUUCCGAAGCCAGCAAUCGUCCGGUCAGAGCAGAGUUCGGCGGAAAGGUUCGCCUAGGAUUUAUUCCUGAUGAAUGGUUCACCUACUUUUAUCCCAAGACCGGUGUUACGGGACCGUAUGCAUUUGGCCUUGGUUUGACAACCUAUUUGGUCUCUAAAGAGAUUUACGUGAUGGAACAUGAAUAUUAUACCGGUCUAUCCAUUCUGUUGAUGUGCAUCUAUGGGGUUAAGAAGUUUGGUCCAGUUGUUGCUGCUUAUGCCGACAAGUUGAUUGAUGAGCAAAUUACAGAGUUAAAUGAAUCGAAGAACAGCGAGAUUGAAUACUAUGAAUCAUCAAUCAAAGAUGAAAAGCACUCUCAAUGGCAAGCUGAAGGCCAGACUCUUCUAAUGGAAGCCAAGAAACAAAAUAUAGCCAUGCAACUCGAAGCAGCUUACAGAGAACGCUUGGCCCACGUAUAUUCCGAGGUCAAGAAGCGUUUGGACUACCAGGUACAGAUUCAAGCAAUCGAGCGUAGAAUAAGCCAGAAACAUAUGAGUGAAUGGAUAAUCUCAAACGUGUUGAAGUCCAUCACACCGGAACAAGAAAAAGCUACACUCCAGCAAUGUAUCGUCGAUCUUCAAGGUUUGGCUGCAAGAACUUGAAAACGAGAAUUACCCAAAUAAUUAGCAAAACUAGCAAACCUAAUGUACAUUGUGCGUAAAAAACUUCACUGUUAGUCUACAAAACGACAUGUAUCGACAGAAAAAAAAUUUCCUUGAGCCAUCUCAUGUAACAAUGCGUUGAGAAACUGCGUUUGAUAGGUGGUGUCACAACCUUGUAUGACCAGUUAUAAUUCAAUAUACUUAUGGUCAAUGUGAAUAAAAUUAUUAUUAAAAAAUA